AUGGAGGUCAUGGAUGUUAUCGGAGAGCUACAGUCUCUUCCCGAUGCCAUUCAUAUCCUGUGCCCCAGGCAGCACGAUGACGAUCAUGGACGGUACGACGAUCCCAGUCAAGUAGACGAGUCAGGGAAAACGGUUCAAGAAAUAGUCACGGAGGCCAACAUUCGCAAAGAGAAGUUUCUGUCCUGCAUGCGUAUCCUGGCCUAUAAUCAGGAAGGUGUCGAAGAAGUACAGUCUUGGAUCUGGCGGAAACUAGACGAUUCACUGGAAAAAUGCGAUUUCUGCAUCAAGCAGUAUUAUACAGGGAAGAUCUGGCUGAUGGAGCAGCUAAAAGAGAACUACGACGAUGAGGAUAUUGAAAAGUUUGCCCGCAUGCUUGACGAGUGGGACAUCAAGCGAAUUACGAAGAACUUGGCCACUGCUACGGCGCAACUGAAAGAGGUUCCACCCCAGGAGAUCGGGCUUCAUGUAUUGGACCGAGCAUCCUUGCUUUCAAUCUUCGAGACUCUGAGCUGUGAUGCCAUGUUGCGCAGUGACAGUCUCUUGCAGGAGUAUUUUGAUGAGCCAUUCCGGCUGAUCCAAACAAAGCGCAGUUUGAAGGUGUCCGACUACAUCCCUGCUGUCACCCGCUUCCUGUUCGAGCCCAACCAGAAUCGCAGCUUCUGGGCCAUUCACUCUUGGAUGCGAUAUUCACGCCCCCCGACCGCUGAAGAAUUCGACUGGGCGAUCAAGGAGGGUCUUGUUGAUGCACUCAAAACCGCCUCGCAACAGCCAGCUCAAGUAGCAGUCAUCCAGCGGCUGUGGCGUGGCAUGCAGCUUGUAGUGAAAAGGCUGGAUAAGGAUCAAAUUACCCAUCAACUUCGCGCACUCGAAAUCGAUCCUUGCCGUCUCUCUGUGGACCACCUUGGUAUCCCUUCACCGGGCUUACGGUUCUUACUCAACACGAUACAAAUCUUCUUGGAAAAGGCGCCAAUUGAUUUCUGGGAUGCUAUGCAGACGAUUUCACCUCAAGCUCUCAUUGAACUCGUGUUCUACAACCCUCAGCUGGAUGCGUUUCUGAUGCAGGCCACGGAGGGUGAGCCGUUCGAAAAGUCUGCUAUGAAAGAUAUGUUAUCAUGGAUUAGUCCGUUCAUGUCGUCUCUCAAAGGAGCGCAUCAACCCUCAGCUUGCAGAUCCCUUGUCUACCAACUUCUCGACCGACUGCAGGACUCACGGUUCCCCAAUCUGGCCAGGUAUCAUUGCUUCCACACAGGUCUGGUCAUUCUCCUUCAUACCCUUCGCAGCUUCACCGACCAUGAAUCCUCAAGAGGCUCCGUGGCUCGCAUCGUACUGUCCGAAACGCUAGGUGUUGUAAGCGCAAAUAUUGAGAGGAUACUGCGUCCUCCCCAGUUUGCGGUUGAGCAGGGACGCCAGCGAGAGAUCUCAUCCUUGUGUAUGGACGUCAUCCGUAAUACGCUUGCCCUGGAGUGUCAGUCCCUCAAGAGUGACUAUGAAGUGAUCCUGCACCAGAACACCCUCCAACAUGGAGUUAGUACAUACUCUGCUGCGAUCUGGGAUGCGGUUGUUAGACAUCUCCACGAAGAUAACUUAGCUCUCUCAACCUCUGCUUUGCUUGGUAUAUUACCUCUUGUUGGCCUUGAGAAGUUUCCCACGAAAGGAGAGUCAAAUCCGGAGAAAACUCACUUCAAUGUGAUUUACGGUCAUUUGACCAAUCUGUCUUGUCAAAUCAUCGAGCGCCUUGCAGAUUUCAAGCCUGAACAUUUGAAUGAGCUAUUCAAGAGCCAGGAUACUAGCAGUGCUUUAAUCUCCGCCCUGUUUGCAGCUGAUCUGGACACAUAUCAGGCUGCCGUGGAUCUGAUCAAAAACGUUAGUGGUCAAUCAGCUCGGAGAGAUGCGAUCUCACACCUGCUGGAAUCUUUUUUCACGACAACUAUGUACGGCUUGAGCUGGUCAUUCCGACGUAUCUCGAAUAUGAAGACGUUUGCCUCCGCACCAAGAAUGCUGCAUACGGGCACAGAUAUUAUCGACAUCCUGUGCGAUAGUCAAACUGGUAUGCUCAGAACCCGCAAAUUGGCCGAUCGACGGGAGAUACUGUCACUGCAGAAGCUCUGGGAGUAUUUAUGGCAAGCUUUGACUACGAUAUUUGACUGCACGGAACAAUGGCACCUCCGAGGUAAUGACAAGGCCGUCAUGCUGGAAUUCUGCCGGGACAGCAUUCAGUUUGCCGAUCUCCUUUUCGGUCAAUAUGGUGUCUUUCUUAGCGCUGUAGUCGAUGCAGACCCGAGUUCAGAAAGUUCCGCGCGAGAGAAUUUUCUCAAGGCCGCAACUACAACCAUGAGCGCGAUGGUCAAAUGGCUUCGCUUGAAGGACGAGUACUUGGCGACAACUUUAGUUGGACUUGUGUCGAAGAUUCUGCGACGUUUAGGGGAGCUCAGCGUCACGACUGUUAAGCAAGAUGCAUUGAGCUUCAUUGAGGGCGUCGCGGUGAACUAUACCGUCAAGACAAUAUUGACCUUGCGGGAGAAAGCGGAGCUUGUACAGGCCCUAGAAGCUUAUUACAAGAAACCCAUUGUCACCGCAUCAACAGCCAGCCUCAAGAAGCAGAGCAUGAUCACCUCCUUCGCCAAACCCGUUGACCCGACGGCCACUCCCAGCCCUCCAAAAUCAGCUGAUGAAUUUGAUGAUAACAUUCCUGACGAUGUCCUAUUACAAAUGUCGCGAUCUGUCGAAUUAAACAAAGAGAGGCUUGCCAUCGAAGCCAAAAAGAAGGCAGAGAGAGCGGCGAAGGCUUUGCCUGCCAUUCCUAAGCCUGCUCCGGCUCCUCUAAAGCCAAACGUGUCCAUUCAAGCUUUCCGCGAGAAGCGUGAAAGGGAGCGGGAGGCGAAGAAGAAACGUGACCUAGCGGAGCUGGCACGAUUGAAGAGGAGUCAGCCAGCAAUCGGCGUUGCUGAGCAGACCGCUGAACAGGGCUCCGGCUUGCUAGGACUUGGGGUCAAGGGCAAAGAUCACAACGUCCCCGCUGAUAGUAUGAUGGUUUCCUCGGGAUCAGAGUCUGAGUCUGAAAGCGAAGAUGAGCUUGACAAGGAACUAUUCGGCGCCAAGUCGCGCUCAAAGCCCGACGCCGUCAAAGCUUAUGAGGAGAGCAAGCGGAUGUCCUUGAAACAACAAGGACCCGUGAAGAAGAUCAAGCAAGUUCGGUCCGCUAAAGACAUGAGAGCACGACUGGCGCCUGAUUUAUCCUCGCUGCAUCGCACAAUCCUUGGUUGGGAUUUCUUCGCUAAUGGUGAUCUUCCUCCAAAUUCCGGACGGACAGAUUACAGUCUGGUGUCCAAUGCUUUCAGAGACCCCAUCGAAUACCAGAGAACCUUCGAACCCCUCCUCAUACUGGAAGCCUGGCAGGGAUUCCAAUCGUCGAAGGAAGAAGGUUCAUUUAAGCCGUUUGAGAUCAAGGUGGCCACUAGACUGUCUGUGGACUCCUUUGUGGAAGUGAACACUGCCGUGUCAGCUCUCGAGGCUAAAGACUUUGGCAUAGGAGAAGCAGACAUCGUCUUGCUCUCUAAGGCCAGGUCGCCGACAGCGGACUCGUCUGCGCCUCAUUGUCUCGCUAGAGUCUCUGGAAUCAAGAGGAAGAAGGGUACCGUCGAGAUCUCGUACCGGGUCAAUCCAGGUAAUCCUUUCAUCAACUCCCUGGGCCCUGGUACUUCAAUAUGGGGUGCAAAGAUCACUUCAAUGACUCCACUCGAGCGCGAGUAUGGUGCUCUCAAGGCUCUUCAAUACUAUGACCUGUGCGAGGAGAUUAUCAAAGCGAAGCCGUCACCUAUCCUCAACUAUUCAGAUGCGAGUCUUAAACCUAUCGCUGAAAACUACAACGUCAAUCCUGCCCAGGCCAAAGCAAUUAAGUCGGCUCUGGACAAUGACGCUUUCACACUCAUUCAAGGACCCCCCGGUUCUGGAAAGACGAAGACUAUUGUGGCCCUCGUAGGUGCUCUUCUGAGUGGCUCCCUUGGCAAUCAAGGAGUAGCAAUCUCACGCCCCUUGGCUUCGAGUAAUGCUAGACCUGGUGGGAGAACCACAACUUCGAAGAAGUUGCUUGUCUGUGCUCCCAGUAACGCUGCCGUGGAUGAAUUGGUCAUGAGAUUCAAGGAUGGCGUAAAGACCAUAGAUGGUCGUCAAGAGAAAUUGUCCGUCAUUCGUCUUGGAAGAAGUGAUGCCAUAAAUGCCAAUGUGCUGGACGUCACUUUAGAUGAGCUCGUCAACGGGAGACUAAGCCAGACAAGUAACAAAGACCCGGGCGAAAGAGACCUGCAGAAGAUCUACAUGGAACACAAGGCUGCCGAUACGGCCUUCAAGGAGACACGUGCCAAGAUUGACCAAUGCAGAGCUCAAGGCUUGCCUGUGCCCGAAGAGUUGGAAAGAGAAAGUGAACUCUACAAGAAGAAAAAGACCCAAUUGAGUCAGGAAAUUGACAACGCAAGAGACAAAAACCAUUCAGCGGCGCGUGAUGCUGAUUUGAACAGAAGACGCAUCCAGCAAGAAAUCAUUGACGGUGCUCACGUCAUCUGUGCGACGCUCAGCGGAAGUGGACACGAGAUGUUCCAGAAUUUGAGCAUUGAAUUUGAGACGGUUGUCAUCGAUGAAGCAGCACAGUCGAUUGAGCUGAGCGCUCUCAUUCCCUUGAAGUAUGGGUGUUCCAAGUGUAUUCUUGUUGGUGAUCCGAAGCAGCUGCCACCUACAGUUCUUUCAAAGGUCGCUUCCAAGUUCCAGUAUGAGCAGAGUCUGUUCGUCAGAAUGCAGGCCAAUAACCCUAGGGAUGUGCAUUUACUUGAUAUUCAGUACCGUAUGCAUCCCGAGAUCAGUGCAUACCCUAGCUCUGCAUUUUAUGAUGGCAAGCUGCAAGAUGGCCCCAACAUGGCUCGCCUUCGCGCUCGCCCCUGGCAUCAGAGCGAACUUCUGAGCCCUUAUAGAUUCUUCGACGUGCAAGGACUUCACCAGAGCGCUGCCAAAGGUCACUCUCUGAUCAACUUGGCGGAACUUCGUGUAGCGAUGCAGCUCUAUGAGCGUUUGUUGGCAGACUUCAAGGGCUAUAACUUCGACGGCAAGAUUGGCAUCAUUACACCCUACAAAGGUCAAUUACGCCAGCUCAAGACGCAGUUCUCUGCCAGAUACGGAGAAUCUAUUCUCAGCAGGAUCGACUUCAACACCACGGAUGCUUUCCAGGGUAGGGAAAGCGAGGUGAUCAUAUUCUCUUGUGUCCGAGCCUCCAAUAAAGGCAUUGGUUUCUUGGCUGAUAUUCGUCGUAUGAAUGUCGGUCUGACGCGUGCUAAAUCGUCACUCUGGGUGCUUGGUAACUCACAGUCCUUGGUCCAGGGCGAGUUCUGGAAUGGCUUAAUCAAGGACGCCCGCAGAAGAAACGUGUACACAGACGGCGAUGUUCUGUCAAUACUCCAGCGACCGCAGUUCACCGGGUAUAAGAAUGUUGAAAUGCUGGACUUAGAAGCACCAGAAUCUGCGCCUCUCUCAAGAGCAACAUCGGUUGGCUCCAUCUCUCGGCCUUCCUCGGUUUCUCGCGAGAAGUCGGAAUCGCCCUUCCCUGCAUCAGCAUCCGGGAAAGGCACACCGCCGCCUCCCCUCCCCGAAGGUCCAUCCGGGGGUGGUAAUGGACUGGACGUAACACGCACGUGUGGGAUCUGUGGAAGCUUCGAUCACAUGACGCACAAUUGUGACAAUGACGACGCGAAGGAGGCAACCAGGGGCACCUGCCUUAGGUGUGGUGCGACAGGCCACACGCGUGUCAAUUAUAAAUGCCGUGCUGGCACGAGCUUAUCGAGACAGGAGAAAGCAAGGAUUAAUCGGGAAGAAUUCCAUCUUUCUCAGCGGCAAAGGCAACGGACCGAGCAACAGCGACGUAGGCAACUUGGCGGGCACGAUCCGAAGGUGCCUAUGGUCCAAGCGACCAAUGGGCCUUCGCCGCAAGACCGGAAAGACUCUGAGCAGAUCAAGGUUGAGAACCGCGAUCUUCCAGGCAAACGAAAACGCUCCGAUUCACCUGUACUGGAUGCUUCCAACUCAUCACGACCGCGGAAGGAUGGUCCGAAUUCAGCAUUCGUGAAUGCUCCCAAGGGUCCUCGACGCAAGAUUGAUGCAAACAUUCCUCCUAAGACAGAGGACUUGGUAAAGCCGUCUCGCGACGGACCUGCGUAUAACUCGAAUUAUGGACAGUCCCACCAUGGACCCCGGCCGGGCCAAGGUUCUGCAGGUCCUGCCCCACGCCCUCCGCAGCCAAGACCUGGCAACAACUCCAGACCCCCCAUGAUGCGCAGGAAGAAGGAAGCCGAUCCGUUUAUAAGACCGAAGCGAAGAUGA